UCGAAUUUUAGAACCCUUGUAUCUUCGUUGCUAAAUAAAAAUAAAGAAGAGACCGAGCAAUCAGGCACAAAUGCGUUAGGGAAAAUAUCGUGGGAACUGAGAAACUAAUUGCCUGCUAGUGACCAGAUAAAGAAUUUUUGAAUAAACUGUAAGCACCCAAGAGCCAACUUUCUACGUCUUUCCACAGUUUCUACUCCUUUCUUUCCCUUCAUUGGAUACUCAUUACACACACACACACGAAAAAUGACAUCUACACCACCAAAGAAUAACUGCAAAUUGAAAUCGAGCCACAACAGCAGCGGUUCAGCUAGCAUCGAUAAGCUAUCUCCGGAUCAGGAUGUGUUUAUUAAUCCCACUGACGGUUUACCCAGCCAACACCCGACGCUGCCCGAUGGCGAAGUAGAUAGCAACAGCGAACCUGAAGUAGAUCCCGAUUCAUUUGAUGAUUUGCCCACAUCCAUCAUAGUAACUAACAUACAUUCAGAAGUUUUCACCAAUCCCCAGCUGAAGCAGGAAAUGGAGGAUCUCUUUCGAACAUUCUGCGAAUCGGCGACGUUUCAAUGGCUGCGCAGCUUCAGGCGCCUAAGAGUGAACUACGACAAUGCAAUUGCCGCUGCAAAUGCACGCAUCAAACUGCAUCAAUACGAAUUCAACAAGAAGACAGUCAUCACUUGUUAUUUUGCCCAGCCGGUUACACCUGUAUCAAACAAGAAUCUACAGCCGCCAGCACCAGUUAAACAGUUCCUAAUAUCGCCUCCUGCUUCGCCGCCGGCCGGUUGGGAACCCAGGGAAGAGAAUGAGCCCUUAGUUAAUCAUGAUCUGUUAGCAGCUUUAGCCAGUCUCACGCCAGGGGAGUCACACGAACUGCAUCCGCAAAGUGAGGACCAACCAGCUAUAAUCGUGCACACAGCAAUGUUACCCGAAAGCACUGCAGACGGUGCACGUCCCAAAUUGCCAAUUGUUCAAACCAAAUGCCCAGAAAGGGCGUAAAUGUUUAUAAUCAUAUGGCUGGCUUUGUUUUUGAAGGAUGGAAGGAGAGAUAGCUCUUUGGAGUCGUUCAACGAAAUGUUUUCCUCAAGCAUUAUAAUUUUGUGUUUAUGCUAUUCUGGACUCUUUCUUCACUUGAGGAUAGUUCCCAACAUUCGCUCAGAGAUAUGACAUUACUCGAUGAUGUUCACCAUGCCACACACAAGAUAACUGCAAAUGCAAAGCCUACUUAUAGGAGGUGUUCGCAAAGGAAUUGAGUAGUGAUCUAUUUUCUCUUGGCCAUGCAGUGGAAUUUUUGUAUGUAUGAGGCUGUUGUUUGUUUUAAAACUAAAGCUGUAACCAAAUUGUUUGAAAAACCAAACCAAGAAAACAAAAAAAGAAAAAAUGUUACAAAUAUCAAAUAAUCUUGAACAUUAUCCAAAUUCUAAUUGUUUUGAGUUAUCCUUACGAAUUUAUUAUUGUAUUUCUCAUUAAUUCUUUUAAUCUCCUUUUCAUAUUACCAAUUACUCUUAAUAUGUAGGUGUAUACUAAAUUGGAACAAGGAUUGUGAUGAAUAAGUCAAAAUUAACGAAACAAAACUAUGUGUCCCCGAAAGAAUUCUCCUUUUGGUUAAGGUUAAGUGCUUUUAGUAUUAGGAUUGGAACACUGUGCUAUGAAAUGUAAAAUUAUUGCCCAUGAAAUAGUUUCAGUUAUACUCUCCUCUCGCUGAACAUCGCUUUUAGUGCCCAUAGUGUGAAACUAAUAUUUAUUUUUUUCUUUAUAAUUUUAUUCUAGGAUUCAUUUUUCUUUUAUCCCAAAUGAAGUGUCUAAAAAUUUAAUCACGCUUAUUCCGGUUGUCGAAAAUCGAUAGCAGUCAUAGUGGAAGGCGAAUUUCACAUUUUGUGGUAUUUUGUAACUUAUUCGCCUUCGACAGUUUGAUAGUAGAAAACCAUUGUGGUAAUUAAAAAAUAAUAAUAUAAAGUAAUGUAGGUUAGAAUGCAAUUAUUUGAUAUAUAGAUCGUUCUGUCAAAUUUGACUGUCAAAUUCGACUUAUGUGAUGCCAAGAAUGUAAACGAAUUUUCGUCUUCGACAACCAUAAUACCAUAUUGUAAAAAUUUCGACUACGCCAUCGCCAACCGGAAUAAGGGGAAUACAUUUUUCAUCAUUUCACAUUCAUGAUAAGAUCUCUUGAAUCAAACAUUUUGUUUAUUUACUUAAAGUUUAUUUAUGAACUAUUGAAGAAGUGUGAACCAUACGCACCAUUCUAAUUUAGAAUAUAGUAAUAAUUUGUAUCCUUAACAAUUAAAUUAAAUAAUGGGAGAACUUUUGGAAAAAAUAUUCAUGAUGCCCUUCCUCAAA